AUGAAUGAAUUUAAAUUGCCCCGCCACGACGCCAAUUAUCUCCUCCGCACGCGCGCGCUCUUCUCCCUCCUCACCUUCCCGCUCUCCCUCGCCGCCGCCGUCGCCUCCGUCCACGCCGCCGUCGCCGCCGUGCACGGCAAGCCCGCCUCCGCCGCCGUGUGCUCCGCCGCCCGAAUGGGCGGCACCUGGAAGCGCCCCGCCGUCACCGUUAUCUUCGUUUACAUCAUCUUAAUGGCGUACGCCCCCGUGCCACGUGUCCUCUCAGCGACGUUCGGGUCGGGUCAGUGGGUUCGGGUCGUGAUUCGGGCAAUCGGGUUGGGAGCGGAGGUGUAUCUGAAGGCAGUGCUGGGCCUGGGCCUGGUGGCUUCCAUCUCGGAAGGGUGGGCCGGGUGGGAGGCUAUUCGGGUCGGGUCGGGUUUAAUGAAUGGGAGGAAGUUUAGCGGGUGGGUUCUGGCGGGCUUUUUCGUUUGGGUUUCGGGGUUUAUUAAUGGGAAGAUGGAAGUGUUGCUGGAGAAUAAUGAGGUUGGUGUUUGGGAUAAGGUUGUUUUUGUUUUGAUGUGUUGGUAUGCGUUGAUGGUGCUCCUUAGUUACGUUGCUACGACUGUGUUUUACUGUGAUAGCCGAACACGGCUCGACGUUAAGGAAUUCGACGUCGACGAAGUCGAAGACGAUGAGGAUGACUGUGCUUCGAGUUUAUCCUCUGUGUAA